AUGGUACCGGUGAAAGUUGUCGGAGGUUCGGGUUCCUUUGGCGACAAAAUUGAAAUGGUUGUAAAUACGCAAAGGGAGUAUGCAGUUUUCCAAGCUUUAAAUCCGACUUUCGUUAGAAAAGGAAAUUAUUCUGGCAUUGUUCGAUGCCUAGAUAAUACGACUAUCGAUAUGGUACCAGUGAAAGUUGUCGGAGGUUCCCUUGGCGACAGAUUUGAAAUGAUUGUCAAAACGCAAAGGGAGUACACGAUCCUCCGAUCAUUGAACCAUCCUAGGAUCAUAAGGGCGAUUGCACUUGAUCUACACCCUCAUUAUUCCUCAAUUAUAAUGUCAUACAUGGCAUAUGAUUUGGGAAAAUGCAUAAGAGAGCUUGGUAAUGCAAUGAGUAAAAGUUUGAUCAAAGUGCUUCUAGCACAAGCCAUUCAAGCCUUGUCAUACAUCCAUGGAUGUGACUUGGUGCAUGACAAUUUGCGACCGGAGCAUCUAUUCGUAGACUUGGAGAAUAUCAACAUUACUAUUGGUGGUCUUAGUCACGCGCAUAGUCCAAAUUUCGCAAGACUUCACGGGUCUUAUGAUCCACUCGAGAUUUGGGGAAGAGCUGAGUUCACGCCUGCCAGCGAUGUAUGGUCUCUUGGCGCCAUAUUUGCCCAAGUGCUCACCGGGAGACACUUUCCAUAUGCACACGAGGAGUUGCUAAAUCAGCAAGAAGUGCUCUUUGUGAACAUUGAUGGGCAGGGACGUGACUUGUUAAAUCGUAUGCUUCAGUUAGUGCCACUUCAAAGGAUAACUAUGGUACCGGUGAAAGUUGUCAGAGGUUCGGGUUCCCUUGGCGGUAGAAUUGAAAUGGCUGUGCUUCUAGCACAAGCCAUUCAAACCUUGUCAUACAUCCAUGGAUGUGACUUGGUGCAUGGCAAUUUGCGACCGGGGCAUCUAUUCGUAGACUUGGAGAAUAUCAACAUUACUAUUGGUGGUCUUAGUCACGCGCAUAGUCCAAAUUUCGCAAGACUUCACGGGUCUUAUGAUCCACUCGAGAUUUGGGGAAGAGCUGAGUGCACGCCUGCCAGCGAUGUAUGGUCUCUUGGCGCCAUAUUUGCCCAAGUGCUCACCGGGAGACACUUUCCAUAUGCACACGAGGAGUUGCUAAAUCAGCAAGAAGUGCUCUUUGUGAACAUUGAUGGGCAGGGACGUGACUUGUUAAAUCGUAUGCUUCAGUUAGUUCCACUUCAAAGGAUAACUCUAGGAGAGACACUAGGUCAUCCAUUUUUCAAUGACGUUCCAGCAAACCAUAUGUUAUUACCCCUGAUACCAUGA